CUACAGCAAAUCACAGUGAUGAAGCUUCCCAUAUUGAUUUUUGCCACCUUGGCAGUGCUGCAGCUUAUAACCGCUCGAAAAGCUUAUAGCAAACGUGAUUGUUGGGCUCACGAAUCCUUUACAACAUGUGGAUCAUGCAUUGAGAAAGUUUGCGGGGUGCCCGAUAUUCCGCGGGUUUGCCCUGCCGUUUGUCUGAAGGGAUGUUACUGCGAUCAGGGCUACAUCCGCCGGAAGGCAGAUGGAGCUUGCAUUACGAUCAAAAAAUGCUUGGCGAAUCCUGUGAUCAACGGUUAGUUAAAAAAUCAUGGGAAUUCAGCUGAAGAAUAAAAAAAAUGUUCUUCAGCGUGAUUGAUUUGUGAGAGG